UGUGUGUGUGUGUGUGUGCAUCUCUCUCUCUCUCUCUGUGUCUCUGUGUGUGUGUCUCUCUCUCUGUGUGUGUCUCUGUGUGUGUGUCUCUCUCUGUGUGUCUCUGUGUGUGCGUCUCUAUUUCUGUGUGUGUCUCUCUCUGUCUCUGUGUGUGCGUCUCUCUCUGUCUUUGUGUGUGCGUGUGUGUGUGUGUGUGUGUGUGUGUGUGUGUGUGUGUCUCUAUCUCUCUCUGUGUGUCUCUGUGUGUGCGUCUCUCUCUCUGUCUCUGUGUGUGCGUCUGUGCGUGUGUGUGUGUGUGUGUCUCUCUCUCUGUGUGUGUGUGUGUGUGUGUGUGUGUCUCUCUCUCUCUGUCUGUGUGUGUGUGUCCUCGGCUCGGCUCUUUCCGUACACACUCGGCUCUCUCCCCCUCUGCGUUCUCACACGGCAGCGCGUGCCCCAUGGAAACGGCAAAUAAACCUGCGAUAAAAGCGAUAAAAUGGCGACGACGGUGGUUUUAUGAAGACAGAAGCCCACCGUCUCCCCCAUCGCUGUGAAACCCGCGCCGUGCCCCGGGCUGUCGGUCGCACAGACCCGCAUCGCCUCGGCUCAGCACCCAACCGGAGCGCGUGCGGAGGAGCCCCGUUACCGCAAAUUGAAGUCAUUAAUUUCCCUGUGAAGAUGCUCUGAAGAGAAAAAAAAAACUUUACAGAAAGUCCUAGUCCCUCCAACCAGAAAGCUUUGGCACCAUGUUCUACGGCUCCUCUUCAGCCAGCAUGUCACUGCCCUCAAAGAGCCGUCUGAAGCGCCAGAGCCGCACCAUCACGCAGGUCCUGUACCGGACUCUGAGCUACCGGGACCGUCGCUCGGUUACCGACCUGCCUGAGCAAGUGCGGGACGACCCAGCUGAACUCUCCACGCAGACCUCAGCUCCAGGUGUUCUCAAGAUCUUUGGAGAUGAAAUCAGCGCCGGGGCUAACUACAAGAGCGUUUUGGCUACUCCACGUUCCAGCGCACAGGAGCUCAUAAAAGAGGCACUGGAGCGCUACUCACUGAGCAAAGGUUCAGCCAGUAGCUAUGUGCUAUGUGAUGUGAUUGGGCGGUUCGAGGGCCCUGAGCGACGGUGGAGGACAGAGUGCUUGCGGGCACUGGGCAGCAAUGAGAAGCCUCUCCUUCUGCAGGAGCUCUGGAAGCCAAAGGAAGGAUUCGCAAGGCGCUUCGAGCUCAGGCGGAGGGCUGAAGUAGAGGAGCUGGCAGCUAAAGAGAAAGACACGGUAACUGCAGGGCCUCACACACACUCCCCUGUGUUAACAUCCACCCUGAGUAAGGGGGGACAUGGUAAAUGCCAGCGGAGUCCCCUCCGGGGCUGGCGUAUGGUACUACCCAGCACUCCGACUCUUAAAGAUAUAAACGCACAGGCACGGAAACUUCAGCGGAACCGCGCUAAGGGAACAAUGACCCUGCAGCAUGGCUCGUCCUUCUGCCGCAGCCUCAGUGAGACCAGUCUCAACCUAGUGGGCGUGGUGGGGGAGGAACCAAAGCGCUAUUCUACACUGCCCGUGUCAGGCCGAGCACGCUCAGAUGGAUGCAAAGAGGGGGGCGGAGUCAAGCAUUCCCUCUACCAAUCACCUCAUUUGCUGCUUCUCCAAGGAUAUAACAGACAAGACUGCCUGGUUUACCUGCUGAACAAAGAACAGCACACGGUAGGUCAGGAGACGGCAAGCACGCGGCCAAACAUCUGUCUGUCAUCUCCGGACAUUCUCCCACUGCACUGCCGCAUACGCCGCCGACGCUCGUCUUCCUCGUCCUCGUCCUCUUCUUCUUCCUUUUCCUCAGACUAUCGGCUCUUACUGGAACCGGUCGGCCACGGCACCGUGUUGAUCAACUUCACUCGUAUCGAGCGUCCCACUCCGCUGCGUCACGGCGACCUGCUGUCAUUUGGUGCCCAUUAUAUCUUCCUAUACAGAGACCCACUAAGCGCCAAGCCACUACCUGGCCACACCCUGACCCGCCUCCGCACCCUCGGUGCCAAAAAUGUGGAGGCAUGUCCGACAUGCGGUGCUGCCCCACGGGAGUGGGUGGGGUUUCGGCAAAGCUCAAAGAGUGCAAAGGGGCCAAAGAAGAGGAAGCUGGCGCUGGAGUUUGAGCGAGCCCAAGAGGAUGCGCUGGUGAAUCGGGUGCUCACGCUGAUCGAGCCGAGCGGCGACGAUCACAAGCUCACUCCCGCAUAUCUGCUCUGCCUGUGCAUCCAACACUCAGCGCUUUCAUUCCCACCCGGCAGCUUCGGGAAACUGCUCCUCAAAAUCGCUAAGAAGAUCCAGAGCAUCGCAUGGGAGAAGACAAAGGAAUUGGCACAGAAGCAAGCUCAGCAUCAGGAUCCAGCCUCCCUGUCACUGCUUAGCAUCUCUGACCUUGUGCCGGAUCUUCAGGUCAUUUUCUUUUGGAUGGCGAACUCCAUCGAGAUCCUGUACUUCAUUCAGCAGAAAUCACCUACAUACAUGCAAAAUAUUGAAAUGAUGGACAACAAAGCUGGAUCUAAAGAGUCGCUCCUCUCGGCGACAAUAUCAGCCAGUGAAGAGGUGAUGACUAUUCUGGAGGAAGUCAUCAUGUACACAUUUCAGCAGUGUGUCUACUACAUUACAAAGUCCUUGUAUGUGGUGUUGCCAGCCUUGUUGGACUGCAGCCCAUUUGGAAGCGAGUCAUCGUCGGAGGCUUGCCGGCGGGCGACGGGCACACGGGCGUGUGUGUGCAGUGUGUGUGUUAUGCCCGAAGCAGUACGUCGGACUCUUUGUGUUUUUCAGACCACAGCUGAUCUCAUGCAACAGUAUCAGGUCCAUGUUGAGAUCCAGAGCCAGAUGUUCGCCUACCUGUUCUUCUUCACCAAUGCCUCGCUCUUCAAUCUACUCAUCGAUAAAGGUCCUGUGAGGGGCUGGUUCCAGCAUUCCCAAGCAUUGCAGAUACAAGCAUGUUUGCGGAUGCUCCUAGACUGGGCGAAAGGAGCAGGACGGGCGCAGAUCGCUCAGAAGUUUUUCGCCAAACUAUGCAGCAUGGUUACCAUCCUCAUCACACCCGCCCCACAGCUCUCGCAGAUGAGUUGGAAAGUGUUGCGGACAGAACAUCCGUCUCUGAAACCCGUCCAGCUUCACAGAAUCCUUUCCCAGUACCACCUGACUGGCGAGGUGGGUUCUGUUCCAACCUGGCAACCAAGCAGUGAAGAUGAAGCCUACGUUUACAGAACAGUGGAUCUGUUGGAGAACUUUGAUAACCACCCUCCCAUCGUGUUACCCAGUGCUGGGUUUAAGGUGGACCUGGAGAGUGAGUGUGUAGACGACAGCAUAUACAGACACCUGCUUUACAUCCGACACUUUCUGUGGGGCCUUCGCACCAAGACCCAUGGCAGCACAGACAGACAGGAAAAUCCGCGUGGAGAGGGAGAAGGAGAAGUACGCAUUUCUUCCAUUGGAGGACGAGGAGAGAGUGCAGGAACUGAGGAAAGACCAAGAGAACGAACACACACUCCACAUUACAGAAACGGAAUGAGCGUCCGGCAUGCUGCAGACCCGUCCUGCCUGCUUACUCCGCCAAACACACCAAUGUACCCAGAAUUCACACACACUCCGUACGCUAAACACUCCCAGCAGGAACGCAUCCCAGCCAACGGGUGUACACGCUCCACUCCUGAGCACAAGAAGAUCAAUGGAUACAUCAGUAAUGGUACUGAAGGCCCUCUUAAUGGGUGUGGCUUUCCUUUCCCCAUCCCUCUGGCCCAGACCCUGGGCAAUAACUCUGACCCUGUGUGUUCCGUCUUUGUAGUGGACUUGGACAAAGGACCCUAUGGCCUUGGAAUGGGACUCAUCGACGGACUUCACACUCCUCUGAAUUCACCGGGGAUCUACAUCCGCACCCUGAUUCCCGACGGACCAGCCGCUUCAGACGGACGGCUGCACAUUGGAGACCGGAUCCUGGCUGUAAAUGGGAAAAGCCUCAUUGGAGCCGAUUACCAGAGUGCCGUGGAUCUGAUCAGACUGGGCGGAGGACGGCUUCGCUUUCUCGUGGCUAAAUCAGAUCCUGAAGUGUCGGAGAAGAUCAGUGCCUCUUCCUGCUGAGAGAGAAAGUAUGAGGUUUGAGGUUCGAGUGUAUGCACUUUGGCAAAACAAGUCGAACCGAAACGGCAUCUUCUCUGUGGUGAUGAUAAAGAGAAUAAGCACAUCGUUCAGAUCACUCAGCGACUCGUCUCCGUAUCCUCACACUGCACUCAGGAGAGAGCCUUAGCACAGCGAUGGGAUUUUCACACAACAAGCAUCGCAGUGUCGUCGACUUCUCUCCUCCUCCUCCUCCUCCUCCUCCUCUUCACCCUGGAGUGUUACGCAAAAUAUACAAAAAAUGAAAACAUGAACAGAAUUAAACACAAGACACAGUCUAUCCUGUUUACAAGCAUUUCUAUCACAUCAACUUGGACAAUUACAAUAGAACUAAAACAUCUGAUUGUGUUCUUGUACAUGAACGUAAAGAUAAAUGAACUGAACAGUAAACUGAUAGACGAGUGCAGGUAAGAACAAACAGCUUGGUUCAGUUUGCAUAUUUAUCAUCAGCGAUUACACUGGAUGGAAAUGUCAUUUCUCUUCCAUUUUUAUUUUGGCUGUUCUCUCAUCACCUCUCUUUUUCUCUUCUUUUUUCUCCUUUUUGCUCGGUCUCAUCUGUUUUCUCUUCCGUCUUUAUGUUGUUUCCUGUGUUUACAC